ACACUCACACAAACAGAAACAUUUACACACACACACACACACACAAACAGAAACAUUUACAGACACACACACACACAGAAACAUUUACAGACACACACACACAUUUACACACACACACACACACACACACAAACAUUUACAGACACACACACACACACACACACACACACACACACACAAACUUUUACAGUGAAACGCACACUCACAGAAACACGCAAACACACGCACGCACAGGCACGCACACCCAGACACGCAUUUUAAAAAAAAAAAUGUCACACGUUGACGGAAACGGCGCAUCCUAUUUCGACUGCGACCACCGUGUCUCAAACAGCGGCGGAGGCGGCGGCUGUUACCCCGCUAUAAUGCGGGGCUCGCCGGACGAAACCGAGUGCUCGGCCGAUCUCAGCGCUUUCCUCGACCCGAUACCCUCUCCGCAAUCCGGCAACCCGCUCCCCCAAAUCACCGACGACGUCCUCGACUACCCGGCUAUGAAACACACCUUUCACUAUCGGCCGGUCCCGCAAACACACACCCAGCCCCAGCUGCUCGGAUACAACUUCCCUGGGGCAAGUUUCCAGGCUCUGUUGCCCCGCGUGGGGGUGAUAGUGAAGGAGGAGGGGCGAGGCGGGGGCUCACUUGUUGCCCCCAACCGGGGGCAGGCCGGAGGGUACGUGCCUCAUCACAGUCUGCCCUACCAGCUGUCUCACCCACACUGCGCGCAGACGGGGGUGAGUCUCAGCACCACCACAGCGCCCCCCAGCGUCAGCUCGCAUCUACGGCCGGUCAAGGCUCCCUCGAUGAAAGACGGAGCCCUCAGCCCCCUCUACCCCUUCCAACACCUCUCCCUCCCCCUCCCCAUCGCCAUCCCCUCCUCCCUGAAGCACAAGAAGGUUGUGAAGAAGGAUUCUCUGGAGUACCGGCUGAGGCGCGAGCGAAACAACAUCGCUGUGCGCAAGAGCCGAGACAAAGCCAAGCGCAGGAACCUGGAGACCCAGAAGAGGGCGCUAGACUUCAUGGCAGAGAACCAGCGACUGCGGGAGAGGGUGAGCAGGCUGAGCCAGGAGCUGGACACGCUGCGCAACGUCUUCAGAGAGCUCCCCCCGGAGGCCCAGCGCGGUAUUGCGGCCUCGGCGCUGUUGGGGGAUUAAUUGAGGAGUUGAGGGGAGGGGAGUUUCCUGGCUGUAGGAACUGUGCUGUCUGCUGCCAUCUGCUGGCCGGGCACGGUACUGCAACUGAGAAGCGAAGGGUGGACCGAGGACACCUGGUGUUGAAACCGCGCUACUGCAAUUUUAGAACGGCGAUUGACCGAGGACACCUGGUGUUGAAACCGCGCUACUGCAAUUUUAGAACGGCGAUUGACUGAGGACACCUGGUGUUGAAACCGCGCUACUGCAACUUUAGAACGGAGAUUGACCGAGGUCACCUGAUGUUGAAACCACGCUACUGCAAUUUUAGAACGGAGAUUGACCGAGGACACCUGGUGUUCAAACCAUGGUACUGCAAACCUAAACAACCACAUGCGGGCUUGGUCUGCACUGUCUGCUCUGUGUGUGUGUGUGUGUGAAGGAAACGAGACAUUACACCCCGCUUGAAAAACUCUCUGGAACCCCCAGAGGCCAAGCAAAGGCGCAGCUGUAAAUUACAGAAGAGUGAGUGAUGCAGAGAGAGACUAGGGGGCCUGGGUUCGACUAGUGCUGUUUGUGUGCGGUCAGGUUGUCCAUCUGCUGGCCGAGCGCGGUAUUGCAACCGAGAAGUGCGCUUGACUGAGACACCUAGUGUUCAAACUGCGGGACUGCAACUGUGAAUAAUAAUAACAACAAUAAUAAUAAUAAUAAUAAUAAUAAUAUACUUUUUUUUGCAAUAUCAUUUUGUAGUUUCUCUUUGAUUACAUAAAAAUAUCUAAAAAUUAUGUUCAUAUAGUUUAAAGAAAAAGGGGUCUUGAUACCAGGAGGUUCAAAUCCCGGCUCAGCCACUGACUCCCUGUGUGCGUGUGUGUGUGUGCGUGACCCUGAGCAAGUCACUUCACCUCCUUGUGCUCCGUCCUUCGGAUGAGACGUCAAACAAACGAGCUCCUAUUGGAAGUGACUCUGCAGCAGCAGCAGCAGUUGUUGAUGAUGCAGAGUUCACCCCCCCUAGUCUCUGCAAGUCGCUUAGGAUAAAAGCGUCUGCUGAACGACUAAUAUGCCAACUCCCAAUUCUCUGAGAGCGCUACCUGCAGGUCAGACUGGGUUAUUACAAACAAUGAAAAUACUCUCUCUCUCUCACACACACACACACACACACACACACACACACACACACACACACACACACACACACACACACACACACUCCCAGAGGUUAAACAGGAUAUUGCAAUUGAACUAUUUAACCGCUGCAAUGAUAAACUGUGCUUUGAUUGUGUUCUUAAUAAAAAAAAGCU